CUGACCCUGUAUGGCAUACAACUUUGAAACGCAACUCGACUUUUGCGGUUGGAAAUGUCAAACUUGCUGUGUUUAUGUUUUGUUUGGCUCUUAUUGUGGUAUUGUGAAUUCUGCAUCUUGGGAGUGAAGUGAUAAGUGAAAAAGUUGUUUAUAAAUUUUAAUAGAGAUUUUGUUCGUAUGUUUUAUCAAUAUGCAAAGUUUAAAUAAAGGCAAAAUUGAAAAAUUAAUUGAAUUAGUUAAGAGUAAUCCAAUAUUAUUUGAUAAAAAGCAUCCAGGUUAUAAAUAUCAAUAUAAAAAAGAAAAAAUAUGGGACGCCAUUAGCGCAGAUCUAAAUACACCAAAAGCGAAAGUUCAACGGGCUUGGAAAUCUCUUAGAGAUGCAUUUGCGCGGUACUGCAAUGAAGUCAGAACUUCCACCGGUAUGGCCGCUAAAUGCAAGAAACCGUAUCGUUAUUAUGACACACUACUUUUUUUAUACGAAACAAUGGAGCACAGACGUUCGAACGGAAAAAAUCAACUGGUAAAACCAGAAUUGGAUUCGGAUGAAUUGCUUUCACAAUCAUCAUUAGUAAAAUCAUUGUCAACUCCAGCUGCUAAGUCUGUAUUAACGGUGCCAAUCGAUUCACCACAGCCUGCGACAUUUUCGAUGCCAUCAUCUCCACUACCGUCAUCAGAGGAUUUUUCAGAGGUGGUACAACAAAAUUCAUCUAAAAAGAAACGCCGACUGAAAUCAAAUAAUUUUGAAAAUGCCAUAAUGCUUUUAAAUAAUUUGGUUGGACAAUCGGAUGGAGACAGCAUAUCCAAAUUUUUUGACACUGCAGCUGAAAUGGUUCGUACGUGCACCCUUAGCACUAGCGAACUGUUUGAUUUUCAAGUCCAAAGUUUAUCUGCCAUGAAAGAAAUAUUGCAGAAGAUGGGGAAGCUAUAAUAGAUGUAUGUUAAUAUAUGAGUAAUAUUAAUAAAAUUUUUGUUUAUAAUUUAAUUACUAUCACAUCACUAUAUACCCACAUAUGUAAUAUUUGUUUUAUCUAUUUUUUUUUAAUGU